AUGGCCGAGGCAUCAGAGCCAGCCAGUGUGGAUUUCAGUAUCUGCACUGAUGAUCUGCGUGAAGGGAUUGAGUCCAGCAUCAGCAAAUUUGCAGAUGACACCAAGCUGGGUGUCGCCAUCAAAAGGGUGCCACGGAACCGCAUCUGGCAUUGGAGCGAGCUGCCUGAUGGCACCAGCGCUCCCCUGGAGAUCGUGCUGCAGGACAAGGUGUCCAGUGGCUUCCCCGGUGUCAUCCAGCUGCUGGAGUGGCUUGAGCUGCCCAGCGACAUUGUGAUGAGAACAUCCUGGUUGACCUGGCCAUCGGGGAAAGCCAAAUUGAUUGACUUUGGCUGUGGCACCUACCUGCAAGAGACAGCCUACAUUCGCUUUGCAGGUUCCCAUGUGCAGCCCCUGCAAAUUUCCAACAGCAGCUCCAUCAGCCACUUCCUCCUGCUGGCAUUGGCAGACACGCGGCAGCUGCAGCUCCUGCACUUCUGCCUCUUGCUGGGCAUCUCCCUGGCUGCCCUCCUGGCCAACGGCCUCAUCAUCAGCGCCGUAGCCUGCGGCCACCACCUGCACACGCCCAUGUUCUUCUUCCUGCUCAACCUGGCCCUCAGUGACCUGGGCUCCAUCUGCACCACUGUCCCCAAAGCCAUGCACAAUUCUCUCUGGGACACCACAACCAUCUCCUACACAGGAUGUGCUGCUCAGCUCUUUUUUUUGUAUUUCUUCCUGUCAGCAGAGUAUUCCCUCCUGACCAUCAUGUGCUACGACCGCUACGUGUCCAUCUGCAAACCCCUGCACUACGGGACCCUCCUGGGCAGCAGAGCUUGUGCCCACAUGGCAGCAGCUGCCUGGGCCAGUGCCUUUCUCUAUUCACUGCUGCACACAGCCAAUACAUUUUCCCUGCCCCUGUGCCAUGGCAAUGCUCUGGGCCAGUUCUUCUGUGAAAUCCCCCAGAUCCUCAAGCUCUCCUGCUCCAAAUCCUACCUCAGGGAACUUGGGCUCAUUGCAAUUAGUGCCUGUUUGGUAUCUGGCUGUUUUGUGUUCAUUGUUUUCUCCUAUGUGCAGAUCUUCAGGGCUGUGCUGAGGAUCCCCUCUGAGCAGGGACGGCACAAAGCCUUUUCCACCUGCCUCCCUCACCUGGCUGUGGUCUCUCUGUUUGUCAGCACUGUUAUCUUUGCUCACCUGAAGCCCCCCUCCAUCUCGUCCCCAUCCCUGGAUCUCUCAGUCUCUGUUCUGUACUUGGUGGUGUCUCCAGCCCUCAACCCCCUCAUCUACAGCCUGAGGAACCAGGAGAUCAAGGAUGCCCUGAGGAAAAUGAUGACUGUAUCUUUUCAGAAACAUUAAACUUUUCUUCUCCAGAACCUUCAGAAUGUAAUUCUUGACAAUCUUGGCCUUUUUUUCCUAUUUGUCCAUUUUGUCACUGGGAAUUUUUCCUAUUAUUUUUCUGGUGUUAUAAUGUUUUUAUAAGAUACUGCAGUACUACUCUGAGUAUUUCUACAUGAUAUUCUCUUUUUUAACACAAAGGCUUU